AUGAAGUUUGUAGCAUUGAUAUCAGGAGGUAAGGAUUCUUUCUUCAAUAUAUAUCACUGUUUAUCACAGGGCCAUGAGCUAAUUGCCUUGGGAAAUUUGCAUCCCAAAGAAAUUGACCAACAUGAAAUUGAUUCCUUUAUGUUCCAAACGGUUGGCCACGAUAUAAUAGAAUACUACGCAUCAUGUCUAGACGUUCCUUUAUAUAGACAGCUGAUAACUGGUUCUUCGUCAAAUCAGAAUUUAGAAUAUUCUCCUACACAAAAUGAUGAGAUUGAAGAUCUCCAUGAAUUAUUGUCGACAAUUAAAGCAUCUCAUCCCGACUUGGAAGCUGUCAGUUGUGGGGCCAUCUUAUCACAUUACCAACGAACAAGAGUAGAAAACGUUUGUGAUAGGUUGAAAUUGACUUCAUUGGCCUAUCUUUGGCAAAGGGAUCAAUAUGAAUUGAUGCAAGAAAUGUGCAAUAAUCAACUUGAUGCCAGGAUUAUCAAAGUGGCCGCUAUUGGAUUAAACAAAAAUCACUUGGGAAAAAGUAUAACUGAAUUAUUUCCGACCCUAGUCAAAUUAAAUCAGUUAUACCAAGUUCAUAUAUGUGGAGAAGGUGGUGAGUUUGAAACUAUGGUAUUUGAUUGUCCUUUAUUCAGAACUAAGAAGCUUGAAAUUGCUGCAAAGGAAGUGGUGGGAGAUCCUAGUGAUGAUGUAUAUUAUUUGAAGAUGAAGGUUGAAUUGGUUGAUAAAGAUAGCUCCGAAUUAGAACUUAUAGAACCACCGGCGCUACUCGAGGAAGGAUUUGAGAACAUUUUAUUAAGCGGUGGCACUUCCAAUAAAGAGGCAGAUAAUGUGAGCUUGGCAAAUCUCACUCUCGAAGAGCAUAUUGCUCCAUCGAUAACACCUCCAAGUAUUGUCUCGACCAAUUCAAAGUUGUACAUUUCAAACUUGACCUCAUCCGAAUCGAAUUUGGAACAGCAAGCUAGUGAUAUUUUCCUUCAAUUGAAAACGAUGCUUGAUGAAAACAAUUUAACAGUCAAUAAUAUCCAGCACGUAUCUUUGCUAUUAUCGGACAUGAACCAAUUUGGCGCAAUAAAUAAAGUUUAUGGAGAACAAUUUCAAAAUAUCUACCUUCCACCCUCAAGAAUUUGCAUAGAGACAACACUAUUAUGUUCAGUGCAAUUUUCUUGUGUUGUAUUGAAGAAUAUAGAACCGAAAUCCGGUAUCCAUAUACGUUCCAGGUCAUACUGGGGUCCUCAAAACAUUGGUCCUUAUUCCCAGAGUAUCGUCGACAACCAAACUACUUACAAAUUAGCUAGUUUGUCGGGGCAAAUUCCGCUUAUACCGUCUACUAUGGACUUGUCUAACAACGGAAUCAAUUUCAACUCAGCAUUAUCGUUACAACAUUUGUACAGAGUAAAGAACUUGGUCAAUGUCAAAAAAUUAGGACUGAUUAUUUGCUUUAUGAACGACUCCCUGUAUCUUUCAACUGUCUGUCAUACGUGGAAAGAAUUCAUGGAAUCUAUUGAAAAUACACCCGAGAACAUUAAAAACUUAGUUGUUGUUAAAGUUUCUGCAUUACCCAGAGGCGCAGAUGUUGAGUGGGGUGGCUUCAGUUAUGAAGACGUCACCGGUAUGUAUGAUGACUCGGAUUCUGAAGAGGAAAUUGACGCGUCGCUGGAUAACUUAAUAGAAGAAUUUGAUGAUUCGAAUAUCUGCCCAGUAGGAAAGGGUGAACUUUCCAUAACGACACUAUUUACUUCAAGAAAGGAAUUAGUGGAUAAAAUCAUACAAGUUAAUAGAAGCAAGAAUUUCUUACAGGUAUUAGCUUCUCUCCCGAAUCUUUCCAAAAUUGAUUCAAAAGGUAGCUUCGAAUCCUUACCUGUACAAAAUGUGUACAAUAGUAAGGGCCAAGAGUUUGCGUUUGGGUUGAUUUGGAAGGUGGAAAACUGA